AUGGCGCCACGAAUAAGUUUCGACCCGGAGCAAAUUCGGGAGAAGUCGCGGCGGGACCUGCUCAAUCUUCUUGAGGGUGUCCGCGGUAAGAAGAAUGUUGUCUUCGAUCGAAGUCUCGUUGGGCCAGUUGGCGUAAUUGUCAAGGUCGCCACGCUUCAGGAGUACGGCGUUGAUAAGUUUUUCAUUCUUGAGAAUCAAAAUGUCGAUACCAGCCAGCGCAACGUCAUCUUCAUCGCGAGAGGCGAAUGCGGCCGCCAUGCCCAGACGAUAGCAGAUCAGAUCCGACGACUACAGAGAGAAAGCCAAACGGGCCACGACUUUCAUAUUUUCUGGCUCAACGAUUCGUUUGAGGACCUGUACCUAAACAAGGAUGUGACCCCAACCUAUCUCAUGGCGCGUGCCCUCAUGGAAAUACAACAAAACCACGGCCUUUUCCCCAGAAUUAUAGGCAAGGGCGACCAUGCGAAGCGGGUGGCGGAUCUCCUCGGCCGCAUGAAACAGGAGACUAUCGCUGAAGGUGGUGCAGACAAAGGCUUGAAGGAUGCGCUAACGCCGAGCACGACGGUGGAGAGUGUCAUCGUCAUCGACCGUGAGGUUGAUUUCGUCACCCCGCUCCUUACACAGCUUACAUAUGAAGGGCUCAUCGACGAAAUCUUCGGGAUCGAAAACAACCAGGCCAAGGUUGACACCACCGUGGUUGGUGUUCCUACGCAGUCGUCCUCAGGGGCGAACGCCCAGACCCGAAAGCGACCAAUUCAACUCGAUUCUACGGAUAAAUUGUAUGAUCAGUUGCGUGAUGCUAACUUUGCUAUUGUUGGCUCUCUGCUCAACAAGGUCGCCGUGCGGUUACAGAAGAUCCGGAAGGAUUAUGAGGCGAACCAGAGCAACAAGUCCAUUGCCGAGCUGAAAGAAUUUGUAGGCAACCUUCCUGCCUACCAGGCCGAGGAGAAAAGUGUGGGGAUCCAUACCGGAUUGGUAGAGGAGAUCGUGAAGCACACGCGAUCCGACCUAUUCAAGGGAUUACUCAAGGUUCAGCAGAAUCUCGCUGAUGGUGCAGAUCCAUCAUCUCAAUUUGAAACGAUUGAAGAGCUCAUCGCCCGUGAUGCUCCUAUCAAGGAGGUCAUGAGGCUCUUGUGCAUCUAUUCGUGCAUGUCAGGCGGGAUCCAGCAAAAGGAGUACGACCUAUUUCGACGAUUGAUCCUAGAAGGCUACGGGUACCAACAUAUUCUCACGUUGCAUAAGCUUGCGAAGCUACAGCUGAUCCUUCCCCGAUCCUCGCCGCUCGCCGGCAUGAUCCCCAUGACGGGCAACUCGGAUGCGGCUGGCACGAAGACGAACUACGCCUAUCUACGGCAGCAACUGAAGCUCAUUGUUGACGAGGUCAGGGAGGAUGACCCUGACGACAUCGCAUACGUGUACAGCGGGUACGCCCCGCUGUCGAUUCGACUCGUCCAGUGCGUGCUGCAAAAACAAUACCUAAUGCAGCUCACCAAGGGCGGUAACAACGCGCCGGCCGGCGCCGCGAGCACUGCUAGCGCGGCCCAGGGCUGGCACGGCUUCGAUGAGGCGGUGAAGCAUGUCCGAGGAAGGACUUUCUAUGAACUACAAAAGGGCGAGGACAAGGCUGUCAAGGCUCGAGCCCUUCUCUCGGGAGGUGGCGACAGACAAACUGUUUUCGUCGUGUUUGUAGGAGGGAUCACAUUCACAGAGAUAGCUGCGCUACGUUUUAUUGCGAGGCAGGAAAAGACCGACGUGACAUUAUUAUCUGCACAACUUCGAUAA